AUAUGUAUGUUUAAAUGUUUCCAAGUAAUUUGGAAUUCGAACAUUUCCUCCCCAUUGUUGUAGUAAUGUUUUUAUUUUGCUUUGGCCAUUUUAUUUUUCUUUCUUCAAUUUCGUUUCAUAAGCCAAAAGAAAGCAAAUGUCACUCGCUGGUGAGCACCGCAAUUUCUCUCCUUUCCUCCGAAUCCUCCUUUCCUUUCCAUAAGUCCCAUCCCUACUUGUUCCCUAGGCCCCAUCUCUCCCUAUGAUCUCUCGUACAUUAUUAUUCUCUCCUCUAUAAUUUCCUGAAAAAAAAUUACUCUUCUUCUUACUCACUCUGUAAUAAACUCGCAAAUCACUGUCGCCGUUACACUUAACUCCUACACAAUUCAGUUACUUUGCUCUUCAAACCGAACAACUCACAAGAACUGAAUUUUUUAAGUUCACAGGCCAGACUACUGAAAGAUAACUGCUACUGUUGUCUCCUCUGUUUUUGUGGGAUUUCUCUACCUCUUGUAUUUUGUUUGGUAUGGUUGAAUGAAUCCCAGGUGGAAUUCAUGUGAAACUUCGGCAAAAAAGGGGAUCCAAAGCUGUGAAAAGAAGAAGGGGACUAGAGGGUUUUAAUGGUGCAAACGGGUCACUUGCCUUGUUGCCUCUGAAUUCAGGUGAAUGUAGUCUUCAUUGCGCAUCUUUUUCCUUCUAAUCGUUCUUGUCCUUUUUAACUUUUGGCCCAUACAAUUGGGUGUCUCUAGUAAUCUUCUCAUUCCAAGUUGGUGUAAACUUUUACUCUGCUACUAGUAGUACUAUUGAGAAAGACAGGAGUUCUUCAUUUUGUUAGUUGUUUCCAAUUGAGUUGGGAUUCUGUUAUUUUAAAGUGACGCAUGUACUGUGUGGGCGAAGUUUAAUGUUGGGUGCUUUGAGGUUUCAACCAACUUGAUUAUUGGAUGAGUUGGGCCUUUCAAGAUUUGGUUUUUAUGCAUUCAUCUUCAUUGGAGUUGAAUGUUUCAUUUUCCCAUCUGUGCUUUGUCCUGGUGCAUACGGGUGGCGAAUUAGGGGUUAGUAGUGGAGAGUUUUCGGUUGGACAUGAGGCAGCGCCCAUUGCUGCCUUUUGUUGGUUGAAGUUCUUUUAGGAAAGGUUAGAUUGAAAGUUGUUGAAUGGUGGUGUACGGGAAGGCUUUGUCUUAUCGAGGUUGACCAAUGGAUUGAUUCGGUCCAGUUAGUAGUGUGAGGGGAUUUUGGUUUUUAUGGUGCUAUCAUUGAAGAUACUUUAAUAGUAACUCUGAGAGUUAAGAGAAUGCAGAUUAUUUUGAUACAUCGGGUUCAGUCACGACAACUUUCGUUUCUGGACUUGUUGUUUUUGUACUGAUCAUGACCAAGGUUGUCCGUGAUCGGGUGCUUAAGGAUGCUAAUGGUAACAUUAGUGAUCAUCUUCGGAAUCACAUACAUUUAACAAACUGUAUUCAUUUGAAGAACAUGCAUAAGCAUAGCCCCAUGCUGGCUGAUAAGUCCCUUAUGAGGGAUCUUGUUGUUCUUCAAAGAUCAAGAUCUCUUCGAGACCCAUCUACUAGUCCACCAUCCUGGCAUUCUCCUUCCGUUGUUGAUUUGCUUCUAAAGAGAAGCGAGAAAGGUCCAACUAUAGCUAAUGCCAGGAGGAGUCUCGGCUUGGAGCGCCCAAGGGCUGUUGAAGGGUUGACAGGGGACUCACCAUCUUUUGCUGGGCUCUCUACAGCCAAAGUGGCUCCUGCCGAUGUAAGCAGGCGCACAGGUGGGACAGUUGGAGUUAGUGAUCAGAGUGGUAAGAGUGGCUCUCGAGACCGUGGAAGAGUCAAGAGAGAAGAAUCUGGUGGGAGGAACUUUGAUACUAAUCUCAUGGCUGAGAAGGAUGAGCAUGAGCUUCCGAGAAAUGGAAGUUCUUUCAGGCUUGACAAUGUUUCUGGAAGCUCCGGAUUGAGGGAUAAGAUUGUCAAACAGAAAAUGAGGCACAGGCAACCUGUUAAUGUUAAAACCCUCUCUGAGCAGCUAAAUGAGCUCCCUGUUGAUAGUGAUGAUGCAGCUUCAUCUCACAUUGAUGCGCAUGCUAGACUUUCUGAAACUGAGAGACUUUCUGAAGAUGCAGAAGCUACCAUUCGACAUUCAAUCCCUUCACAUUCACAUAGGGGGAAGCGGCGGAAAUUUCGGGGAAGGAAAGGUCGGGCUUCUGUAGCUUCAAGGCGUGCUGAAGCUCAAAGUGAAAUGUCUGUGGCCUCCAAUCAAUUUGCUGCAGGCUUAGCACAGCAAAAACUUCAUGGAGCAGAUGGAAAUGAAGAGUACGUUGAUCAGAAUGUCACAAGGGAUCCAAGAAAUGGAUGUGGAAUUCCUUGGAACUGGUCAAGAAUCCACCACAGGGGUAAAUCAUUGCUUGACAUGGCUGGAAGGAGCUUGUCUUGUGGUUUAUCUGACUCGAGGCUGAAGAAAGGAGGUCCUCUACCACGAGGAAGUGAGGUUUCCGGCAUGCAUAUGUUGUCUGACCAUUCAUGCUCAUCUACCAAAUCUGAUGCUGAAGCACUGCCACUUCUGCUUGAUGCUUCUGGAUCUCAAGGAAGUACUGAAAAUGGAGCUUGGUUUCAUGAUUAUUCAGGGGAGUUGGGAAUCUUUGCUGACAAUCUUCUGAGGCACGAUCUUGAUUCAGACCUAGCUUCAGAAGCUAGAUACGGAGAGCAAUACAGAAUCCGAGAACCUCGUAAUGGGAGGCAUCAGAAUCUGACUCAAAAAUACAUGCCAAGAACUUUCCGGGAUCUGGUGGGACAGAAUUUGGUUGCCCAGGCCCUCACUAAUGCUGUAAUGAAAAAGAAAGUUGGUUUGCUUUAUGUAUUUUAUGGUCCUCCUGGCACAGGGAAGACUUCAACUGCACGCAUAUUUUCUAGAGCUUUGAAUUGCCAAUCCACGGAGCAUCUUAAACCUUGUGGGUAUUGUGAUUCUUGUGAAGCACAUGAUAUGGGCAAGAGUAGAAAUAUAAGAGAGAUAGGUCCUGUCACUAAUUUUGACUUUGAAAGCAUUAUUAAUCUUCUUGACAACAUGGUUGUAUCCCAAAUGCCAUCUCAGUAUAGAAUAUUCAUUUUCGAUGAUUGUGAUAAUUUAUCUGCUGAUUGCUGGAGUGCAAUAGCAAAGGUCAUUGACCGAGCUCCUAGGCGCUUGGUCUUCAUCCUCGUCUGUUCAAGUCUUGACGUGCUGCCUCACAUAAUCAUAUCUCGGUGCCAAAAGUUCUUUUUUCCAAAGUUGAAAGAUGCUGACAUCAUCUAUACAUUGCAGUGGAUUGCAUCCAAAGAAGAUUUAGAUAUUGACAAGGAUGCUUUGAAACUUAUUGCAUCAAAAUCAGAUGGAUCUUUGAGGGAUGCUGAGAUGACUCUUGAACAGUUAAGUUUGCUUGGGGAAAAAAUCUCUGUCCCGCUGGUGCAGGAAAUGGUGGGGCUCAUCUCUGAUGAAAAGUUAGUGGAUCUACUUGAUUUAGCUUUAUCUGCAGACACAGUAAAUACUGUGAAGAAUCUCAGAGAGAUAAUGGAAUCUGGGGUGGAACCAUUGGCUCUGAUGUCACAGCUUGCCACAGUCAUCACUGAUAUUCUUGCUUGUGGUUAUGACUUCACUAAAGAGGGCCCUCGAAGAAAGUUCUUCAAGAGACAAGCAUUAUCGAAGGAGGACAUGGAAAAGCUGCGACAAGCUUUAAAGACAUUAUCUGAAGCUGAAAAGCAGCUGAGAAUGGCAAAUGACAGACUAACUUGGCUAACUGCUGCAUUGUUGCAACUUGCUCCUGAUCGCCAGUAUGUUUUGCCUAGUUCAUCUGGUGACACUAGCUUCAAUCACAGUCCUCUUGUGCCAAACAAUGCUAAUAUCAGAGAGAGACCAAGAAGAAGCAGUGCUGAGCAUACUGAAAUCCCUAAGACUGACAGAGUAUUGUCAGCACAAGUUAGAAUGGAGAAUGUUCAAUCAACGACAUCCAGAGAUUUUGAUGAUGGUAGGAGGAAGGGUACUAAUUUAGAUAGGCGGGUUGUUGCAGGUAACACAAGGGCUCAACAUAUACAUGGCCAUAGCAGUGACAAACAUAAAGUGAAUAGUGGAAAGUCACAAGGUAGUUUUCAUAGUGAAAUUGAAGAAAUCUGGUUGGACGUGCUUGGGAGGAUCCAAGUAAAUAGCAUCAGACAGUUCUUAUUCCAAGAAGGAAAGCUAAUCUCGGUCAGUCUUGGUGCAGCUCCAACUGUUCAAUUGAUGUUUAGCUCACACCUGACAAAAUCCAAGGCAGAGAAAUUUAAAGGACAUAUAUUACAAGCUUUUGAGUCCGUUCUAGCAUCCCCUGUGAUAAUAGAUAUCAGACAUGUUCCAGAUAGAGAUGUCAGGGCUGGACCCAUUGUCUUACCUGCGUCGCAGGAUGGUAAAUCACUCGUGGAGUUGAAUCCGGAAUCUAGUGCCCGCAAUAGGAUCCCAGGAGCUGGUAAUGAAACUACUGGCAGAAGAUACCGAAGUACUGGUGGAAAUGGUAGACCCGAAAUUAUUGAAUUGGAUACUUCUCCAAGAGAAGCCAAGCUUAAUGAGCGGAGUGAGUAUGAUGCAACAGAUGGUAGGCAAAAGGUUGAAAGUGCUUCCACGGCAGGAGCCACAACUGAUGGAAGACAACUUGGAGAGAGAAACCAUAGUCUGAGCCUGGUGAGAGGGAAGGUUUCCCUUGCGCAUGUAAUACAACAGGCAGAAGGAUCUCAGUAUGGAUGGUCGAAACGCAAGGCUGUAUCUAUUGCUGAGAAGCUUGAACAAGAGAAUCUGAGAUUGGAACCAAGAUCAAGGAGCUUAUUAUGCUGGAAAGCCUCCCGUGUAACUCGCAGAAAGCUAUCACGCGUAAAAGUUAGAGCAAGGAAGUCACAUACAUUACUUAAAUUCGUUUCCUGUGGAAGAUGCCUUUCUGGUAGGUAGGUUUUCUACAAAAGGGGAUGUUUAGAAGCCAUUUCUGGAUGAUGUAGCUUUGAGGGGCUUCUAUGGAGAAUACUUUAGCCAUAUUUAAUUUAAUUUUUUCUUUUUUCUCCCCUAAUUGUAGCUUAGAUAAUAAUUUCAUUUAUGAAAAGUUCUAUUCCCAUUGAAAUAAAUCAGAAUACAUGAUAUAUCGACUAUCCUUUGAACAUUCUUAUGGACGUUGCAUUAAUCCUAUUAAUUUUGACAAUUGUAAUUGAAGGAGACAUACUGGGAUUUGUAAUCACGAAGUCGGAGUUUUCAGAUCUUGUUACCCAAUAAAUAAAAACUAAAAAACCACAAAUGGUUACGUUGU